UCAUUACAGACUCAGAGAAGCAGCGAUGGUUAAACUUCUGUCGGUUGUUUCCUGUUUGUUGAUGACGGCUGAAGCGGCGGCGGCUCAGUCCGGUCCGUCUGCGGGCGGCCAGCGGCUGCUUCCUCAGUGGUUGACCGGACUCAUCGCCGUGGCCGUCUUCCUCUUCCUCGCCUUCGUCACGUUUCUGGUGAAAAGAGCGUGGUGUGACGAGUCGAGCAGACGGAGUCCAGUGGAGACGGAGACGCCCAACGAACCAGUGAGCAACAACGGCAACGUGUACGACACCAGACUGAGCACCGUCAGGAGCAGCGAAGACGCUAACGCCUACGAAAACCUGGUGAUCGACAGCUCCGACGACAAAGUCACCGCCAUGUGACCGACCUCAGCUGAUCUGAUUGGACGUCUGAGC